AUGUCCCAAGAGGACACCCAGCCCGACAAUUUACUUCAAGAAUUUGACCCCAACGGAGAUGUCAUUUUCGUCGUGGGAGAAGGCAUGUUGGAAAAAGAGAGAAAAUUCCUCGUCUCCUCCAGAGUACUGAGUCUUGCAUCACCAGUCUUUGCGAAGCUAUUCUCAGAAAGCUUCUCAGAAGGCAUCGAACUCAAAAAAGGCACAUGCCCCGAGCUCUCACUUCCAGAAGACGACCCCCAAGCUAUGGAAACCAUAUUUCGAAUCGCCCACUUCCUGAAACCAGAAGAAGUCGCACCCCCGAUGACAGAAUUCCCCGCUAAGGUUGCUGUUCAUGCCAAUAAGUACGACUGCAUGAAGGUUGUGGCAGCGUGGUUGACAAAACAUUUGUACCACCCCCGACUGAGACGACGCCAAGAUGAUCUGGACGCAAUCAAUUUCGGCCAUAUGCUCCUAUCCGCCUUUCUUCUUCAAGACCCAGAGACUUUCCACGCCUUAUCAGCUCUAGCUCAAAAGUCAAUGACUCCAGGAAAUCUUGAGGCAUGGGAGUACUCCGGCAUGCUUCAGCCAGGCCUAUUUCCGCAAGAAAUUUCAGGUAGGUUCCCUUAG